CCUGAUGAUCUGAGUCCCGAGGAGAAACAGGAGUUGGAGAGCAUCCGCCGCAGGAAACAAGAACUACUGCAGGACAUACAGGUCACAUACACAGAGUAGUGAACCGCUAGAACUUUCAAACCAUUACUGCCAAAUGCAAAGCAGCUGAUUAUGUUAUGGAAUGUCAACUUUCUCUCUCUCUGCCGUUUCAAUUGCUUAAUGAAUUGUGUCAUCCAAGAACUGCAUGUCCUAAGAAUUAGAACCUCCUCCUCCCCAACCACCGGCCCCUGAUUUCUGAGUGCACAGUAUGCCCUUUUCACUAACCAGUCAUGAGAGAGGGAGAUAAAGGGAGAGAGGGAAGGAAGAGAAUGCAUUAUGUCUUUCAUGAUAGAUGAGGCUCUGUCUAGGGCUGUGUUUGUGUGUUUCAGUCUAGCCUGUUAUCUCCUUUGGGUCUAGUACUGUAGUUCCCCCAUACCCAGCGUUUACCUUCUGACCUGGAAGAAUUUGAUCUUACGAUGGGAUAGUGUGUGUGUAGAAUAUGUGUGUGUGUGUGUGUGUAUAUAUAUAUAUAUAUAUAUAUAUAUAUAUAUAUAUGUGUGUAUGUAUAUACAGUGCAUUCGGAAAGUAUUCAGACCCCUUGACUUUUUCCACAUUUUGUUACGUUACAGCCUUAUUCUAAAAUGGACCUUGGUCACCUCCCUGACCAAGGCCCUUCUCCCCCGAUUGCUCAGUUUGGCCAGACGGCCAGUUCUAGGAAGAGUCUUGGUGUUGGUAGUUCCAAACUUCUUCCAUUUAAGAAACGCAUCAUGCAACAAUUUUGAAGAUUUUGCUGAAUUACAGUUCAUAUAAGGAAAUCAAUCAAUUGAAAUAAAUAAAUGAAGCCCUAAUCUAUGGAUUUUACAUGACUGGGCAGCGGCGCAGCCAUGGGUGGGCCUGGGAGGGCAUAGGCCCACCUACUUGGGAGCUAGUUUGACCCACUGCGGAGCCAGGCCCAGCCAAUCAGAAUGAGUUUUUCCCCACAAAAGGGGUUUAUUAAAGACAGAAAUACUCCUCCGCACAUACAUGAGUUACAGUUCAUAUAAGGAAAUCAGUCAAUUGAAAUAAAUUAUUUAGGCACUAAUCUAUGGAUUUCACAUGACUGGGCAGGGGCGCAGCCAUUGGUGGGCCUGGGAGGGCAUAUGUACGUACGUAUGUAUGUAUAUGUCUGGAUCUGAAUGCAAGAGUGUGUGCUGCUCUCUGCCCUUACAUGGCUCUGAGGCCCUCUGCCCAGUGCUGCUGUGUAAAGAGAUUGAGUUCAUUAGUGGGUUUGACUUCUACUCCCCCCCCAAACCAUUUCUGUAUGGACCUCGCUUUGUGCACGGUGGCAUUGCCAUGCUGAAACAGGAAAGGGCCUUUCACAAACUGUUGCCACAAAGUUGAAAGCACAGAAUCGUCUAGAAUGUCAUUGUAUGCUGUAGCGUUAAGAUUUCCCUUCACUGGAACUAAGGGGCCUAGCACGAACCAUGAAAAACAGCCCCAGACCAUUAUUCGUCCUCCACCAAACUUUACAGUAUGCUUUGGGGCAGGUAGCGUUCUCCUGCAUCCCCCAAACCCAGAUUCGUCCGCCGGACUGCCAGAUGGUGAAGUGUGAUUGAUCACUCCAGAGAACCGUUUCCAAUGGCGGUGAGCUUUACACUACUCCAACCGACACUUGGCAUUGCGCAUGGUGAUCUUAGGCAUGUGUGUGCGGCUGCUCUGCCAUGGAAACCCAUUUCAUGAAGCUCCCGACGAAUAGUUAUUGUGCUGACGUUGCUUCCAUAGGCAGUUUGGAACUGGGUAGUGAGGGUUGCAACUGAGGACAGACCAUUUUUACGCGCUACGCACUUCAGCACUCGGUGGUCCCGUUCUGUGAGCUUGUGUGGCCUGCCACUUCGCGGCUGAGCCAUUGUUGCUCCUAGACAUUUCCACUUCACAAUAACAGCACUUACAGUUGACCGGGGCAGCUCUAGCAGGGCAGUAAUUUGACUUGUUGGAAAGGUGGCAUCCUAUGACGGUGCCACGUUGAAAAUCACUGAGCUCUUCAGUAAGGCCUUUCUACUGCCGAUUUUUAUAUACCUGUCAGCAACGGGUGUGGCUGAAAUAGCCGAAUCCACUAAUUUGAAGGAGUGUCCACAUACUUCUGGCCAUGUAGUGUAGCGCUAUACCCUCUCCUCCUCCUCUCUACAUUCAUCUCUCUUCUUCCAUAUCCCUUUCUUUUGUCCUGCCUCCCCCCUUCUCUUUGUUUCAUCUCUCUGUUUCUGUGUCUUUGAUCUUAGUGGCUCUGAUUAGCCGAUCAGGGGCUUAGAUUUUGACCUGCCCCUCUAACCUGACCCUGAACGGGACGGUGUGUUUGUGUGUGAAAGGGAAAGCGAGAGUGCAUAUGACUUAGAGAGAGGAAUAAAUUUGUUAAACUGGUGUAAAGGGCAAAGAAAGCAGGGGAUUGUAGCUCUGGGUCAGGUGAAGAGAGGGGUGGAUGGAGGGGUGUAGGUAUGGAGGGAGGGAGGGCUGGAGGAGGGAGGGUUGGUCUGGUUUGACCCCAGCUAGCAGAAGGUGCACCAGUUCCCUGUGGGGGACCAUCUGUAGAAGAUUUACUCACUCUGCACACAACCCAGAGGACUACCUACACUUAUAAUCUCUUACACAACAUAUAUAGUACAUGUAUGUCUCCUGUCAGAACCCUGGAAACCUCUUGUUCAGAAGCAGAUAUUUCACAGUUGGUUUACUUCUUAUAAAGACACUCCAUCCAUACGCCAAUUACACAAACUUCUCUCUCUUUCUCUUCUCUCUCGCUCUCGCCUUUAUUCCUCCCUCCCUCCCUUUUAGUACCUUGGGUAUUAGUAUUAUCUGAAGAUGGAUCAAAGCUGCUCUGUGGGAUUGAGGGAGGGUCAAAUUUCUCUGGUGUGUGUGUGAUUGAGUGACUGAUAGAUCAAAGAGAUCUAACUGUACCAUACACUCAUCCUCUCUCCCUUUCUCUCUCUCUGUCUCGCUCUCUCUCCGUCUCUCUAUUUCUCCGUCUCUCUCUCUCUCUCUCUCUCUCUCUCUCUCUCUCCCUCCAUCUAGAGGCUGAAGGAUGAGAUAGCAGAAGUGCCGAAUGAAAUUGACAACCUGGGCAUUACCAAAGAGAGGUGUGUGUGUGUUUCCAUGUCCUGUUAUUGCCUUUGUGUUUGUGUGUGAUUGUCUGCAGCUCUACUGAGUAAUGGACUGUAUGUACUGUGUUGUACCCUUUGUGUGGUGAUGGCUGUGGGUGUUGGGGGAGGGAGUAGACACCGUGGUGAUGGCUGUGGGUGUUGGGGGAGGGAGUAGACACCGUGGUGAUGGCUGUGGGUGUUGGGGGAAGGAGUAGACACCGUGGUGAUGGGUGUUGGGGGAGGGAGUAGACACCGUGGUGAUGGCUGUUGGGGGAGGGAGUAGACACCGUGGUGAUGGGUGUUGGGGGAGGGAGUAGACACCGUGGUGAUGGGUGUUGGGGGAGGGAGUAGAUGUGAUAGUGUUGGGGGAGGGAGUAGACACAGUGGUGAUGGGUGUGGGUGUUGGGGGAGGGAGUAGAUGUGAUAGUGUUGGGGGAGGGAGUAGACACAGUGGUGAUGGGUGUGGGUGUUGGGGGAGGGAGUAGAUGUGAUAGUGUUGGGGGAGGGAGUAGACACAGUGGUGAUGGGUGUUGGGGGAGGGAGUAGACACCGUGGUGAUGGGUGUUGGGGGAGGGAGUAGACACCGUGGUGAUGGGUGUUGGGGGAGGGAGUAGAUGUGAUAGUGUUGGGGGGAGGGAGUAGACACAGUGGUGAUGGGUGUGGGUGUUGGGGGAGGGAGUAGAUGUGAUAGUGUUGGGGGAGGGAGUAGACACAGUGGUGAUGGGUGUGGGUGUUGGGGGAGGGAGUAGAUGUGAUAGUGUUGGGGGAGGGAGUAGACACAGUGGUGAUGGGUGUGGGUGUUGGGGGAGGGAGUAGAUGUGAUAGUGUUGGGGGAGGGAGUAGACACAGUGGUGAUGGGUGUGGGUGUUGGGGGAGGGAGUAGAUGUGAUAGUGUUGGGGGAGGGAGUAGACACAGUGGUGAUGGGUGUGGGUGUUGGGGGAGGGAGUAGAUGUGAUAGUGUUGGGGGAGGGAGUAGACACAGUGGUGAUGGGUGUGGGUGUUGGGGGAGGGAGUAGAUGUGAUAGUGUUGGGGGAGGGAGUAGACACAGUGGUGAUGGGUGUGGGUGUUGGGGGAGGGAGUAGACACCGUGGUGAUGGGUGUUGGGGGAGGGAGUAGACACCGUGGUGAUGGGUGUGGGUGUUGGGGGAGGGAGUAGACACCGGGGUGAUGGCUGUGGGUGUUGGGGGAGGGAGUAGACACCGGGGUGAUGGCUGUGGGUGUUGGGGGAGGGAGUAGACACCGUGGUGAUGGGUGUUGGUGUUGGGGGAGGGAGUAGAAUCAUCCUUAGUGAAGUGUCCCUGACCUCCCCACCCACUGACCCAUAGUAUUGGUAAUAAUGUGUGUGUGUGUGUGUGUCUCUCCUCGAAGACAUUGAUGGGUCUGGGACAGUGGUCGCCCCAAGGCUACAGACACCUAAAUGGGUGAAUGGGGCUGUUAAUUGAGUGAUGGUGUUAAUAACAUGUAUGACGUCUUUAGAGCUCAUAAUAUGACUCUAUAAAUUAAAUAACGAUUUUUAAGCCUUGAGACAAUUGAGACAUGGAUUGUGUAUGUGUGCCAUUCAGAGGGUGAAUGGGCAAGACAAAAGAGUCAAAGUGCCUUUGAACGGGGUAUGGUGGUAGGUGCCAGGCGCACCGGUUUGAGUGUGUCAAGAACUGCAACGCUGCUGGGUUUUUCAUGCUCAACAGUUUCCCAUGUGUAUCAAGAAUGGUCCAUCACCCAAAGGACAUCCAGCCAACUUGACACAACUGUCGAAAGCAUUGGAAUCAUCAUGGACCAGCAUCUCUGUGGAAAGCUUUCGACACCUUGUAGAGUCCAUGGCCCGACGAGUUGAGGGCAAAAAAGGGGGGGGACGACUCAAUAUUAGGAAGGUGUCCUUAAUGUUUGUGCCCUAUAAAAUGUACAAAAGGACUAUCUAUAAAGUGUGUAUAAAAGCUUUAUGAAUGGUUUACAAAGGCGUUAUAGUGUUCUAAAGGCCUAGUGCUGAGCGAUUAGUUAUUUUUGAAGUCGUUUCGGUUCGAUUAUUUAAAAAUAAUCACGAUUUUCGGUUUCGAUAAUUUUAUUAAACAUUAAAUUCGCUAUGCAUUAUGUGUGUUGAAUGCUGGCUCUCGCUCUGGUAGCCCUCGCUCUGGCUAUCAUUAGUUGUUGAUCUUGUUUAUGGGCAUAACUGAGGGAGAGAGAGAGCCUACCUUUUCAUGGUUGUUUGAUCAAUAGGACUGUAAAGUUCCCAAAUGUUAGAGGACUCCUGUGAUAUUUACACAAACAAAAAUAUAAAUGCAACAUGCAACAAUUUCAAAGAUUUUACUGAGUUACAGUUCAUAUAAGAAAAAUCUGUCUAUUGAAAUAAAUAAAUUAGGCCCUAAUUUUUGGAAUUCACAUGAUUGGGAAUACAGAGAUACAUCUGUUGAUCACAGAUACCUUAAAAACAAAGUAGAGACGUGGAUCAGAAAACAGUCAGUCAGUAUCUGGUGUGACCAUUUGCCUCAUGCAGCGCGACACAUCUCCUUUGCAUAGAAUUGAUCAGGAAUUGAUCAAGAAUUGUUGUCCCACUCCUGUGCGAAGUUACUGGAUUAUGGCGGGAACUGGAACAAGCUGUCAUACACGUCGAUACAGAGCAUCCCAAACAAGCUCAAUGGGUGACAUCUGGUGAGUAUGCAGGCCAUGGAAGAACUGGGACAUUUUCAGCUUCCAGGAAUUGUGUCUGCCAUCUGCCCCGUACAGUGGAAACCGGGUUUAAUCUGUGACGAGCACACUUUUCCAAUGUGCCAGUUGCCAUCGAAGGUGAGCAUUUGCCCACUGAAGUCAGUUACGACGCCGAGCUGCAGUCAGGUCAAGACCCUGGUGAGGAUGACGAGCACGCAGAUGAGCUUCCCUGAGACGGUUUCUGACAGUUUGUACAGAAAUGAUUUGGUUGUGCAAACCAACAGUUUCAUCAGCUGUGUUUAAAUCUAUAAUCUCCUAAUCCUUGCCUCCUCUCUGUGGCCAGCACAUGUGUGUGUCCAGACAGAAUGGGCCAAAUCAAUAUCACUGAGUUGAGAAUGCUAAUCCAGGGUUUCCCAAACUCGGUCCUGCAGGUGAAAAAGCUGAAAGUGGAGGUUCUGGGCUGGCAUGGUUACACGUGGUUUGCAGUUGUGAUGCUGGUUGGACGUACCGCCAAAUUCUCUAAAACGACAUUGGAGGCAGUUUAUGGUAGUGGCCUUUUUAGUGGCCUAUUAUUGUCCCAGCACAAGGUGCACCUGUGUAAUGAACAUGCUGUUUAAUCAGCUUCUUUAUAUGUCACACCUGUCAGGUGGAUGGAUUAUCUGGACAAAGGAGAAAUGCUCACUAACAGGGAUGUAAUCAAAUUUGUGGACAAUUUUAGAGAAAUAAGCUUUUUUGUGCGUGAACAAUUUCUGGGAUCUUUUAUUUCAGCUAAUGAAACAUGGGACCAACACUUUACAUGUUGCGUUUUAUAUUUUUGUUCAGUGUACAUAUUUGCAGAAAUCCAUUCAGGUGUAUUUUGUGGCUUUUGGCGAAUGCUUUCUAAUGAUCUAAAGUCGUGCUGUUGCUACUGCCUGUAAACACACAGUCCAGGUCAAAGUGAAUGAUGGCAGGCCCAUGUGGCAAAUGGCUUGUUUGCAAAAAGGCCUACGGUAGCUCUGAUUGGCUAUGGCACACCGGUCUGCAUAGACUCCGGUCCUGGACAAGACAGAUGUUUUCAUUAGGUUUUAUUAACUGCAGUGUCUAUAUUAAUUGUCCAACCAACGGCCUCUUUCCCAAUCUAUAUUGAUAUAGAAUUUUCACAAAUGCCUUACUGUACAUCAUUACCAAACAUUCUAAACAUUUAUGAGAAUGUGAAAAUGACUAUAUUUAAGCGCUCGCUUGUCAGAAAAUGUAAAAAAAAAGGUGUCAUAUUCUACCUGGGGGUGUAUAUGAACAGAUUUUAAUAAGAUUUCAUGUUGCUAAAACGCUGUCAGUUCCGCUUUAAUGACUGUCAUAUCUGUAGGAAAAGCAUGCAGAGAAACAAGCAGGUGUCCAUGGGGUGCAAGAAGUUCAACAUGGACCCCAAGAAGGUGAAACCCAAUCGUAAACCAGCCUCUAUCCCCCACUCUGUGCUGUGAUUGGUGCUGUGGUUCUGUGUUCUGAUUGGCUGUGUGUACCAUCAAUCAGGGGAUCCGGUUUUUGAUUGACAGCGGUCUGCUGAAGAACACCAGCGACGUCAUUGCCCAGUUCCUCUAUAAAGGGGAGGGGCUAAACAAGACUGCCAUCGGAGACUAUCUGGGGGAGAGGUGAGAAACGUGUGUGUGUGUGUGUGUGUGUGUGUGAGCGGGGAGGGGGGAGGUUGGGAAACCCUGGGUUAAUGCAUUCUCAACUCAGUGAUAUUGAUUUGGCCCAUUCUGUCUGGGGACACACAUGUGCUGACCACAGAGAGGAGGCAAGGAUUAGGAGUUUAUAGAUUUAAUCUAUUAGAUUAUAUUUGGGUAUGUUUCUGGUUGCAGAGCUGUUCUCUGAUAAAUCUCCUUAACUAACCUGGGUCCUGUUCAGUUGGCAAGAAACAUUCUGAUAUGGAAUGAAACACGAAGAAACUGCGUGAACUUGUCCAAUAAGAAACACUACUUUUCAGUUUCAAAACAUUUAGCUACAGUAUUCCCUACUGAACGUGACCCUGAUCUAUUUGCUUUUAUGGCUAUACACCUAAAUACUGUUUGUCUGUAUGUGUUUCUGUAGAGAGGAUUUCAAUCUUGAGGUUCUACAAGCCUUUGUGGAGCUGCAUGAGUUUAAUGACCUUAACCUGGUCCAGGCCCUCAGGUAACACACACACACACACACAUAUAUAUAUAUAUAUAUAUAUAUAUAUAUAUAUAUAUAUAUAUAUAUAUAUAUAUAUAUAUAUAAAUAUAUACACCACCGUUCAAAAGUUUGGGGUCACUUAGAAAUGUCCUUGUUUUCGAAAGAAAAGCAAAUUUUUUGUUCAUUAAAAUAACAUCAAAUUGAUCAGAAAUACAGUGUAGACAUUGUUAAUGUUGUAAAUGGCUAUUGUAGCUGGAAACGGCUGAUUUUUUUAUGGAAUAUCUACAUAGGCGUACAGAGGCCCAUUAUCAGCAACCAUCGGUCCUGUGGCACGUUGUGUUUGCUAAUCCAAGUUUAUCAUUUUAAAAGGCUAAUUGAUCAUUAGAAAACCCUUUUGCAAUUAUGUUAGCACAGCUGAAAACUGUUGUGCUGAUUUUAAAGAAGCAAUAAAACUGGCCUUCUUGAGACUAGUUGAGUAUCUGGAGCAUCAGCAAUUGUGGGUUCGAUUACAGGCUCAAAAUGGCCAGAAACAAAUAACUUUCUUCUGAAACUCGUCAUUCUAUUCUUGUUCUGAGAAAUGAAGGCUAUUCCAUGCAAGAAAUUGCCAAGAAACUGAAGAUUUCGUACAACGCUGUGUACUACUCCCUUCACAGAACAGCGCAAACUGGCUCUAACCAGAAUAGAAAGAGGAGUGGGAGGCCCCGGUGCACAACUGAGCAAGAGCACAAAUAUAUUAGUGUCUAGUUUGAGAAAAAGACACCUCACAGGUCCUCAACUGGCAGCUUCAUUAAAUAGUACCUGCAAAAUACCAGUGUCAACGUCAACAGUGAAGAGGCGACUCCGGGAUGCUGACCUUCUAGGCAGAGUUGUAAAGAAAAAGCCAUAUCUCAGACUGCCCAUCUUAAUCUUUUAUUUUUAUUGGCCAGUCUGAGAAAUUGCUUUUUCUUUGCAACUCUGCCUAGAAGGUCAGCAUCCCGGAGUCGCCUCUUCACUGUUGACGUUGAGACUGGUGUUUUGCAGAUACUAUUUAAUGAAGCUGCCAGUUGAGGACCUGUGAGGUGUCUGUUUCUCAAACUAGACACUAAUGUAUUUGUGCACUUGCUCAGUUAUGCACCGGGGCCUCCCACUCCUCUUUCUAUUCUGGUUAGAGCCAGUUUGUGCUGUUCUGUGAAGGGAAUAUAUACAGUGGGGGAAAAAAGUAUUUAGUCAGCCACCAAUUGUGCAAGUUCUCCCACUUAAAAAGAUGAGAGGCCUGUAAUUUUCAUCAUAGCUACACGUCAACUAUGACAGACAAAUUGAGAUUUUUUUUUCCAGAAAAUCACAUUGUAGAAUUUUUAAUGAAUUUAUUUGCAAAUUAUGGUGGAAAAUAAGUAUUUGGUCACCUACAAACAAGCAAGAUUUCUGGCUCUCACAGACCUGUAACUUCAUAUUUAAGAGGCUCCUCUGUCCUCCACUCGUUACCUGUAUUAAUGGCACCUGUUUGAACUUGUUAUCAGUAUAAAAGACACCUGUCCACAACCUCAAACAGUCACACUCCAAACUCCACUAUGGCCAAGACCAAAGAGCUGUCAAAGGACACCAGAAACAAAAUUGUAGACCUGCACCAGGCUGGGAAGACUGAAUCUGCAAUAGGUAAGCAGCUUGGUUUGAAGAAAUCAACUGUGGGAGCAAUUAUUAGGAAAUGGAAGACAUACAAGACCACUGAUAAUCUCCCUCGAUCUGGGGCUCCACGCAAGAUCUCACCCCGUGGGAUCAAAAUGAUCACAAGAACGGUGAGCAAAAAUCCCAGAACCACACGGAGGGACCUAGUGAAUGACUUGCAGAGAGCUGGGACCAAAGUAACAAAGCCUACCAUCAGUAACACACUACGCUGCCAGGGACUCAAAUCCUGCAGUGCCAGACGUGUCCCCCUGCUUAAGCCAGUACAUAUCCAGGCCCGUCUGAAGUUUGCUAGAGUGCAUUUGGAUGAUCCAGAAGAGGAUUGGGAGAAUGUCAUACGGUCAGAUGAAACCAAAAUAGAACGUUUUGGUAAAAACUCAACUCGUCGUGUUUGGAGGACAAAGAAUGCUGAGUUGCAUCCAAAGAACACCAUACCUACUGUGAAGCAUGGGGGUGGAAACAUCAUGCUUUGGGGCUGUUUUUCUGCAAAGUGACCAGGACGACUGAUCCGUGUAAAGGAAAGAAUGAAUGGGGCCAUGUAUCGUGAGAUUUUGAGUGAAAACAUCCUUCCAUCAGCAAGGGCAUUGAAGAUGAAACGUGGCUGGGUCUUUCAGCAUGACAAUGAUCCCAAACACACCGCCCGGGCAACGAAGGAGUGGCUUCGUAAGAAGCAUUUCAAGGUCCUGGAGUGGCCUAGCCAGUCUCGAGAUCUCAACCCCAUAGAAAAUCUUUGGAGGGAGUUGAAAAUCCGUGUUGCCCAGCGACAGCCCCAAAACAUCACUGCUCUAGAGGAGAUCUGCAUGGAGGAAUGGGCCAAAAUACCAGCAACAGUGUGUGAAAACCUUGUGAAGACUUACAGAAAACGUUUGACCUGUGUCAUUGCCAACAAAGGGUAUAUAACAAAGUAUUGAGAAACUUUUGUUAUUGACCAAAUACUUAUUUUCCACCAUAAUUUGCAAAUAAAUUCAUAAAAAAUCCUACAAUGUGAUUUUCUGGAUUUUUUCUCUCUCAUUUUGUCUGUCAUAGUUGACGUGUACCUAUGAUGAAAAUUACAGGCCUCUCUCAUCUUUUUAAGUGGGAGAACUUGCACAAUUAGUGGCUGACUAAAUACUUUUUUCCCCCACUAUAUAUAUAUAUAUAUAUAUACACACACACACACACAGUCUUGUACAGCUAACCUUGUGGGGACACGCAAUUCAGUCCCAUUCAAAAUCCUAUUUUCCCUAACCCUAACCCGUACUCUUACCCUAACCUUAACCCAAAAACCUAACCCUAGCUCCUAACCUUAACCCUAACCCCCCUAGAAAUAGCAUUUGACCUUGUGGGGACCAACAAAAUGUCCCCAGUUCGUCACAUUUUUGUUUGUUUACUAUUCUUGUGGGGACUUCUGGUCCACACACACACACACACUUACCACACACAACCACACACUCUUAUGUUUGCGUGUCCUCUCCCCCAGGCAGUUCCUGUGGAGUUUCCGGUUGCCAGGUGAAGCCCAGAAGAUCGACCGCAUGAUGGAGGCGUUCGCCCAGCGAUACUGUCACUGUAACCCUGGAGUCUUCCAGCACAGCGGUAUAGAAAGGCCACCACACACACACACACGCACGUACGCACGCACGCUCACACUCACACUGACCUUCCCGUCCCUCUCUGUGUUCCAGAUACGUGUUAUGUGUUGUCGUUUGCUGUGAUCAUGCUGAACACCAGUCUCCAUAACCCCAAUGUGAAGGACAAACCCUCCCACCAGAGAUUCACUGCCAUGAACAGAGGAAUCAACGAUGGCGGAGACUUACCUGAGGACCUACUCAGGGUAAUUAUCGCUCUGUAUCUCUCCAUCUCCCCCCAUCACUCUCUCCAUCCCUCUAUCCUUCUACCAAGCUCUCUCUCUCUCUCUCUCUCUCUCUCCCUUUUCCUUUUUCUAUGCCUGUUUCUUCGUCCCUCCAUCUAUAGUAUACUAGGAUCGGCUGAGGACCUGAGCCCUAUACUACGUACGUGGUUUGAGGAGUUAGCGAGGUAACUUUGGUCAGUUCUGAGUUCAACUCGGGAUAACCAGUACCAUGAAAGUGGCUCACCUUUUAGCCAGGUCAAUUUCUAUGGCAACGAAUCCUUCAGAACUAACCUGCUCCCAAGCGGGCUAACUCAUGGCUAACUUAAUUUAUGCUGAAUGAAGUGUGUGUGCUGCGAGUUGAGGACCAAUGAAAUCAGAUUCCCUCCCUCUCGCAAUGAUUGCAUCAUCAUCCCCUUCAUUUGAAUAUGUUAUUAAUUAAAUGUUUUUUUGUGUGUUAAAAAUAGUAAUGUUAAAAUGCCUGUCACAUUACACAUUUAGUAAUGACAGAAUGCAUUUGACACUUCAGGCACAGUAAAACUUGUUCAUGACUUAAAGACAUCCGAUACAUUGGCGACUAAGAAAGUCUUUUUUAAACCUCCCGCUUUGGGCUGGAUGUGUCAAUGUGUGGUUCAUCCAUGCGUCAUCUAUUAGCAGAAUUACUGUCUUACCCCAAUUAGCCACGAAAUCCCUAGUUUGAAAGUGACUGUUUUCUUGAAGCUGUGCCGUGCCAUUUUCCCUACAUUUCCCCCCACGUGGGCUGGCCCCCUAGCAAUUAGAGUUCUAGCCAAUGAGCUUCAGCCCCUCACAUUUUCGGAGACCACUUUUGGUGCUACUUACAGAACUACUGGCUAUACAAAAGUAUACAAAAGUACCGGAGAAUCUCUUUUAAUAAUUUUAUUUCAUAAAAAAAGGUGCUCAUGAUAAGCACACCAAAGACAGCAUUAACGAUACAUAAUAAAAGAAAGACUGCACUUCAACAAGCCUAUUUCACACCAUAGCCUGCUAAAUUUGCUAGAUAACUUUUCUUUCAUUUUGAUUUCGGCACAAAUGAAAAUGUGACACUGACUCACCCAUUGAUUGAUGUUUCAGCAUUAUCUCAAUGAGAGUUUAGCGUUCCACUAGCCACGUGAGACAUGCAUGCACAGUUACAAGCCUGCUAGAGAUAGCGGCAGGCGGACGAGCAAUAUCCAACGUCGUAGUACGGAUGAAGCCUGAGCUGAAAUGUGAAGCUGGUUAGCUUUAGAAAACCCUGAGUAGAUCUAGCUUCAAUUGUAGUAUACCACCAUCCUGUGUUUGCAUCAAACGUCUAAUGAUGUCUCUCUUGCUCUUUCUCUCGUUGUCUCUCUGUCUCUGUCUCUGUCUCUGUCUCUGUCUCUGUCUCUGUCUCUGUCUCUCUCUCUCUCUCUCUCUCUCUCUCUCUCUCUCUCCUCUUUCUUUCCAUUCCUUUCUCUCUCUGUAGAACCUGUAUGAGAGUAUAAAGAAUGAACCCUUUAAGAUCCCAGAGGAUGAUGGGAACGACCUCACACACACUUUUUUCAACCCCGACCGGGAGGGCUGGCUGCUCAAACUAGGUGAGAGUCAAUUUAGCAGUUUACAGUAAAUCCAGUAGAGAACAGGACAGCCAGUUUUAUUGAUGCUGCAACUGCUCCCCCUGGUGGACAGAUACAUACCUACACUCUCCAGUUUGGUCUUCUCAGUCAUACAUACUGAACCAAAAUAUAAAUGCAACAUGUAAAGUGUUGGUCCCAUGUUUCAUGAGCUGAAAUAAAAAAUCCCAGAAAUGUUCCAUACGCACAAAAAGCUUAUUUCUCUAAAAUGUUGUGCACAAAUUUGCUUAUAUCCCUGUUAGUGAGCAUUUCUCCUUUGCCAAGAUAAUCCAUCCACUUGACAUAUGUGGCAUAUCAAGAAGCUGAUUAAACAGCAUGAUCAUUACACAGGUGCACCUUGUGCUGGAGACAAUAAAAGGCCGCUGUAAAAUGUGCAGUUUUGUCACACAACACAAUGCCACAGAUGUCUCAAGUUUUGAGGGAGCGUGCAAUUGGCAUGCUGACUGCAGGAAUGUCCACCAGAGCUGUUGCCAGAGAAUGUAAUGUUAUUUCUCUAUCAUAAGCCGCCUCCAACGUCGUUUUAGAGAAUUUGACAGUACGUCCAACCAGCCUCACAACUGCAGACCAAGUGUAACCACGCCAGCCCAGGACCUCCACAUCUGGCUUCUUCACCUGCACGAUUGUCUGAGACCAGCCACCCGGACAGCUGAUGAAACUGAGGAAUAUUUCUGUUUGUAAUAAAGCCCUUUUUGCUGGGCCUGGCUCCCCAGUGGGUGGGCCUAUGCCCUCCCAGGUCCACCCAGGGCUGCGCCCCUGCCCAGUCAUGUGAAAUCCAUAGAUUAGGGACUAAUACAUUUAUUUAAAUUGACUGAUUUCAUUAUAUGAACUGUAACUCAGUAAAAUUGUUGAAAUUGUUGCAUGUUGCGUUUCUAUUUUUGUUCAGUAUAGAAUAUAGCCUAAUUAUGGUAUAAAAUGAGUAAAAUGAUUUAUGGCUUAAUGUAGUUUCUUUUGUCUUUUUUCUUCAUUUGUUUUGUUUGGGUGAUUUUGGUCUCCAGGAGGUAUGUAAUAUAUGUCUGGAUUGAGCUUUACCCUCCCCAGCGUGUAUGUCCUUGGCUUCAUGGCGCUGCUUCCCUAAACUCUGCCAUACUACCCACCGCUCUGUCCAAUUAAAACCUACUGUUAACUAUGAUUUCAUUAUAAAGAAUGAAAUGGUGUUUAAUUGUUGGCAAGAUGCUAUUUUAUCUGCUCUGUUUUGCUCAUGCUGUGAGGUCUAAGGGUAUCAACCUCUAAACGCAAACAACCUUUAAACCUAACCCUACCAUCCAAUCAACAUCUCAUCUAAUGCAUUGCGUUCAUGGUCGACUUUGUUGCCGUCAUGAUGUGCCUUCUGAGAAGCAUGAUUGCAUUAAAGACGACCUGGAACACGCCCAUAUGCUCCUGCCUGGUACUGGCUAAUGUCUGUGCUACCGUCUGUCUGGAGUGUCUAGGGGCAACUUUAAUCUGUGCAUUUAGCUUCUUCUAACCCUGUGAUCUUAUGAAUCCUGAUUUAACUCUGACCUUUAACCCCCUCAGGAGGGCGUGUGAAGACGUGGAAGAGACGAUGGUUCAUCCUCACAGACAACUGCCUGUACUACUUUGAGUACACUACUGUGAGUUGCUCUUUCUCUCUUUCUAUUCCUCGCUCUUUUUCUGUCAUGCUUUUUCUCCAUUGCUUUCAAUAUACCAAUUAUGAGCUGUAACCUUCUCUACUCUCCCCCUCUCCCUCCAGGAUAAGGAGCCUAGGGGUAUCAUCCCUCUGGAGAAUCUUAGUAUUAGAGAGGUGGACGACUCUAAGAAACCAGUAAGUUACUCUCUCUCUCUCUCUCUCUCUCUCUCUCUCUCUCUCUCUCUCUCUCUCUCUGUCUCUCUCUCUCUCUCUCUCCACCCCUCUCUCUCUCUAUCUGUCUCUCUCUCUCCCCCUCUCUCUCUCUCUCCGUCUCUCUCUCUCUUUCUCUUUUCCUGUGCUCUUUCUCCUGCCAGUUUCAUUUUAGAAGCCUCUGAGUCACACCUCUCUCUCUCUCUCUCUCUCUCCCCCAUUCUCUCUUUCUCUCGCUCUCUCUCAGAACUGUUUUGAGCUGUUCAUCCCGGACCACAAGGAUCAGGUGAUCAAGGCGUGUAAGACCGAGGCGGACGGACGCGUUGUCCAGGGCAACCACACCUUCUAUCGAAUCUCCGCCCCCACAGCCGAGGAGAAGGAGGAAUGGAUCAUCAGCAUCAAGUGAGAUCUUGGCUGUCCCAAUAACCUCUCCGUCUUUCUGAAGUGUACACACAUUCACUACUCCCCACAAAUGUAAAAGCAUUGGAUUGGUGUAGGGCAAGGGGGACUUAUACCAGUCAUUUCCUUUCAUAUCCAUGAAGGAAAGUGAACAAGUGCACACUUUGGGAGAAAGGAGAGAUUUUUGGGACACAACCCUUAUCUCUUACUUCCGUCAUGUCCUAUCCUUGAAAUGUACAAUCCUGCUCUAGUCCCAAGCCAAAUGUGAAAUCAAUAUUGCUCUUCCCUCUCUUCCCUGUAGAAAAGCCAUCAGCAGGGACCCCUUCUACGAGAUGCUGGCAGCCCGGAAGAAGAAGGUGUCGGCUCUGACUAGCCUG